AUGGCUCUGUCCGUUCAGGAAGCAGAGUUACCGACGGUGGCGCAAUGGAAGUCAACUCCGUCGGCGACCUUUACAAGCAGGGCCCUGCGAGCGAGCUCACUUACACCCUACGCGCUCAAUACGAGUAUACUCCCCGGCUCGCAGCAGUACCACUGUGCGGGCAACUCGAUGCCCCGUGCCUUUGAUCAGGAUUCUCCGCAGUUCGUUGAUGACGGUACAGGCCAGACAUCUGAGAUUGCCUGCUACGCUGAUAUCAGCAUUGACCCUGCGCCGAGCUACCAGAAAUUCUUUGAUGAGCCCUGGUUCUCUCUGACAGCGGCGCGUCGCAACCUGUUCUUGACGACCACGACACUCGCUUAUAACCGAGACUCUCGAGGGCACAGCCACAUACUCUGGCUCCAUCCCGGCAAGCCUGGUCUUAUUGACAACGAGGCCGACGUCGGCGGACUCGAGGAUUUCCCGGAGGUCUCGCGUAGCGACACCUGGGAUGCGGAUAAUGAUGGGAUAGCGGACUGGUGGGAUGGGUCCACUGGCGGUGACGGGUAUACCGCUAUUUAA